UUAAACAUGAUACGAUAUGAUGUGAUGCGCGGGAACGAUGAUUGCUGACGUGCCACGCAGAUGAUUGGAUGUUCAGAUGGAGUAGAAGUUAAUAUCCUGCGAUUGAGACGAUCAUGAUACAUGAUAUACGGGGGUACUGGGAUUCGACGUUCAUAUCCAUCGGCGGAGAGAUUUUCAAUCGCUCGCUGGAUCCAUCCCAAAUUGUCAAAAGACAGUCUGCUGGCAUUCUAGAUAUCAUAUUGUUGAAUGCAAGACUAUUGGUGGCCAUCUUCCUGCUGACCCUUCAGAUUUAUUUUAUCGCAUCCUCGCACAUCAUGCGUUUCUCCUCUACACUUGUUCUCGCCAUCGUCGCUGGAUUGGCGACAUCAAGCUCUGCCACGCCCGUUGAGGGCUCUGCCACAGAUAGAUGUGCCGAAUUUUGCUUCGGUGACGGAGCUUGCGCUGCCUGUAUGACAGGUUUGGUUUAUAUGCUCAGUGAGUCGUGUUUCUGCUUUCCUAUCAGUGCAGUAUAGCCGUUGGCACUGACACGCGAGUUACUAGUAAUAUCUUGAGUCCAUCAAUGGGUCGUUGGCAGUGAGGGUGAUUUCGUUUGAUUGGGAAAUGACACUUAAGGACAAUAAUAUUGCCGUACAGAUCAGUCCAUGGCGCAGUGUCAGUGACUGUUGCUCCUACUGAAUCGCCGUAACGGAUAUGAGCCUGUAUUUUGUACAUCUGCACCUAAUGAAAACACACCUAGGUCAUCCUUGUCCG